AUGAGUCUUUGGUGCGAUAAAUACCGUCCGAAAACAUUCGAUGAACUUGAUUAUCAAUUAGAACAAGCGGCAUUGUUGAAGACAAUUGUCGCUAGCGGCGAUUUCCCACAUUUUCUUAUCUAUGGUCCGAGCGGUGUUGGAAAAAAGACACGUAUCUCAUGCUUGCUUCACGCUUUGUACGGUGACGGUGUGCAGUCGUUGCGUAUUGAAAAUCACGAAUAUGAAACACCAGCGCGAAAGAAAAUCGAAAUAACCACGAUUGGAAGUAAUUUUCAUACGCAAGUCAAUCCUAGUGAUGUGGGAAUUUACGAUCGUGUGGUUAUACAAGAGUUAAUUAAAACGAUAGCGCAAACAAAACAGAUUAAUAGUGCAGAACAACGUUCAUUUAAAGUCAUUGUUAUCGUUGAAGUAGAUAAAUUAACACGAGAUGCUCAACAUGGCCUCCGUCGUACAAUGGAGAAAUACGUGGGUUCAUGUCGAUUGAUUCUCUGUUGUAAUUCAACAUCGCGUGUUAUUCCAGCUAUUCGAAGUCGUUGUUUAGCUGUGCGAGUUGCUGCACCAACUGUUGAUGAAAUUAGCGGUGUUCUAAAGAAAGUGGCAACUAUUGAAGGUGUACAACUGCCAGUUGAUCUUGCAACACGUAUUGGUGAAAAAAGUCAUCGAAAUCUUCGUCGAGCUUUGUUAAUGCUGCAAACAUGUGUGACACAAAAAGUACCAUUGACAAAAGAUCAACAAAUUGUUGAACCAGAUUGGGAAAUCUAUUUACGUGACACAGCUCGAAUGAUCGGCGAACAACAAACACCGCAACGAAUUUUAGAAGCACGUGAACGACUCUAUGAACUUAUUGCACAUUGUAUUCCAGCUGAAGUGAUAUUCAAAGGUUUACUCGAUGAAUUAUUAGCCAAUUGUGAUGAUCUAUUGAAAUCACAAAUAACUCAAAUAGCUGCAGAAUACGAACAUCGUCUUCGACAAGGUUCCAAAGAGAUCUUUCAUCUCGAAGCUUUUAUCGCGAAAUAUAUGUGCGUCUACAAACAGCACAUGCAAUCCAUGGCUGCUGGUCUUGAUGACUGCUUUGACUGA